AUGGCGGGCGGCUAUUUCGAUCUUCCGCUGCCCUCUACCAACCCCCAGCAUACAAGUAACAGCCACCAGGGCUCAAGUGCAACAGACCCUCUGGUCGAUUCGAGCAGAUCCUCGAGCUUACAUACAUCGCCCUUGCCCACGCCCAAUGAGAGCGUCCCCUCUGAUCGCGCUCCGGGGCCAGGGGGCGCGCAGAGCAAGCCACGGAAUGCGGGCAUACUGAAAGCCGCGAAUCGCGUCAAGUUCACCGUCAACGAGCCUGAGUCCGAUGAUGGGCAACAGGGCGCCCGCUCGACGUCAGGUGAAGGCGGCCUGCUUCCCCAGAGGCCCGCGCCCACCGUCCGCAUUCCAUACGCCGAUAAACUGGGCAGAAGCUCAGUCCUGCCCCCGCCCUUGACCGAUGAGGGCUUCAACGCGUCCUCCGAUGUCACCGGAUCCACCCUGCACUCGAGAGCCAGCUCCCCGGGGGUCCGGGACGAGGAUCUCGACAAUGAGAUCGGCGAUGAGAAAGGCAGAGCGAUCCACUCCGCCCAAGAGCGCGCGCAACGCCUGGCCUCCCAGCUCGGUCGUUCCUCCACCUCCAAAUCCCCCCGGCCGAGCCCUCUCUCCAGUGUGCCGUCCUCUGUUGCCUCCACACCCACCGAGUGCGCUCUCUUCGAAGAUGGUGAUGAGAUCCCUCUGAUCACUCUUCCGGAGAAACAGUUCGACGACUCGACCGACGACGAUGACGAGGGCCCGCUAGAGGAGAGCGACGAGCGGCACCGGCGACGUUCCACCCACACCUCUGAAGCGCACCAGCUCGUCCGCCAAAUGACCCGACGAGAGUUCAAUCCCCUGUCCCGGAUUCGUGCUCCCUCUCCCGGAUUACGUUCAGGACAGGUGACGCCCAUCGAAGACCGCGACCCGGAUGCCCAUGUGGCUCCGCCCACCCACUACCGGGGCGGCAUCUUGUCGACCCUGCUCAAGCUGUAUGAGCUGCCCCCGGGCCAGCAUGGCCUCGGCAGCGGCCAUCACAGCCGGAAGGGCAGCAUGGGCGAAGGCAGCGUCCGCGGGAGGUCCCUGAGUCGGGAUUCCGCCGCGACCAACAACAACAACAACAACAACAAGCCUCCCAAACCCCGGAAGUGGUACGACAAGUCGCCCAACCUCUCGGCCACCUCGCUGGCCAGCACCAGUGCCAAAAACUCGUUUUCGAGCACCACCGGCCAGCGGCCCAUCCUGAAACGGUCCCGGAGCAGCGGAGGCCUGUCCGGGAUGGCCAAGCGCCUGAUGAAACCCCAUCUGGAAGAUGAGAUCCGGAUCACCGUCCACAUCGCCGAGAUUCUGUCCCGGCAGCGCUAUCUGAUGCGGCUCUGCCGGGCCCUGAUGAAGUACGGGGCGCCCACUCACCGGCUGGAGGAGUAUAUGCGCAUGACGGCGCGCGUGCUGGAAAUCGACGGCCAGUUCUUGUACAUCCCCGGCUGCAUGAUCAUUUCCUUUGACGAUGCCUCCACGCACACGACCGAAGUCAAGCUGGUCAAAGCCUCCCAAGGCGUCGAUCUGGGUCGGCUGAAGGAUGUCCAUCAGAUCUAUAAGGAGGUCGUCCACGACGUGAUCGGCGUCGAGGAAGCGAUCCAGCAGUUGGACGAGGUCAUGAAGCGGAAGCCCAAGUUCAGCAUCUGGGUGCAGAUCCUCAUGCAUGGAUUUGCGAGCGCCACGGUGGGCCCUUUUGCCUUUGGGGCGCGGCCCAUCGACAUGCCGAUUGCCUUCGUACUCGGCUGUCUGGUGGGCAUCCUGCAGCUGGUCCUGUCGCCCCGGUCGCAUCUGUACGCGAACGUCUUUGAGAUCUCGGCCGCCGUGCUCACGUCCUUUCUCGCCCGAGCCUUUGGCAGCAUCCCCUACCAGGGGGGUCGUCUGUUCUGUUUCGCCGCCUUGGCCCAAUCCUCCAUCGCCCUCAUCCUGCCGGGAUAUGUGGUGCUGUGUGGUAGCUUGGAGCUGCAAUCGCGCAGCAUCGUGGCUGGCUCGGUGCGGAUGGUGUACGCCAUCAUCUACUCUCUUUUCCUCGGGUUUGGGAUCACGAUCGGCACGGCCGUGUAUGGUCUGCUGGACGCGAAUGCCUCCUCGGAUUACACGUGCCCGGCGAGUCCGAUUCGGAACGAAUAUCUGCAACGCUUCCCGUUUGUGGUGCUCUUCACGUUCUGCCUCACGACCAUCAACCAAGCCAAAUGGCGACAGGUGCCCAUGAUGCUGAUCAUCUCCCUGUGCGGGUACAUCACCAACUACUUCUCGAUGAAACGAUUCGACUCCAACACGCAAGUGUCCAACGCGCUAGGUGCCUUUGUUAUCGGGGUGAUGGGCAAUCUCUACAGUCGGCUCCGGCACGGCCUCGCGGCGGCGGCGAUCCUGCCUGCCAUCUUUGUGCAGGUGCCGUCGGGCCUGGCGGCCAGUGGCUCGUUGGUGUCGGGCAUCACGUCGGCCGACGAGAUAACGGGCAAUCAAUCCUUCUACUCGAUCAUCAGCAACGGCACCGAAGGGUUCCUGCAGGCGCAACAGAACAUGUCGCUGUAUGGAGCCAACCCCCGGCUCUACGGGGGGGUGGUCUUUGACAUUGGAUACGGAAUGGUCCAGGUUGCCAUUGGCAUCACGGUGGGACUGUUCCUGGCUGCUUUGGUCGUUUACCCGUUGGGGAAGAAACGAAGUGGGCUGUUCAGUUUUUAG